AUGGAGGGAAACUACGGUCGAGAUGCCAGCCAAAUGCACAAUCAAAAUGCCCCGUUAUCGCCACUCAUUGGAGGACAAGGUUACGCUGCUCCAUUAUCGCCAAUGGGGACAAAGUUUCCCGGGUAUGGCUAUCCAGGACAUGAGAAGGAAAGGCAUCCAGCUACACAAGUCUACGAAAAAGGAAUCAUUCUGGCUCCUAAGCCAGCUCCCAAUCCUCCUCCGCUUGACAUCAAUAAAUCGGUAAAAUUUUGGACAUGGUUCAGCCCUUAUCGACAGAUGCUAGUGCUUGUGGUUGUCGUCGAAGCGCUGAUGAUUAUAGUCACUCUGCUCGGUGGAUGGCACUUUGCUAGAACCCAUCUGCCCGCGUUAGUCACCGGGAAUUUGUUAGUGGCUAUUGCAAUUCGAUCUGAAUGGGUCAUGAGAUUGCUCUAUUGGAUCUCAAUCAAGUUGUUCAGGAGAUGGACUCCCCUAAAGUUCAGAGUCCUGGUCGUGGCCAUCUUAUACCACAUUGGUGGUUUGCACAGUGGAUGUGGUAUUUCUGCAAUGAUGUGGCUCCUACUUUCUUGGACAUAUCACAUCAUGAAUAAAGAUCUUUACAAUCCUCUCGUCAUGGCGUCCUUGUUUGUCUCUAUGGUUGUCGUUGUUGUCACUUGCUUUGUUGCAACACCCAUAGUCAGAGCCAUCCACCAUAAUAUCUUCGAGAUUACUCAUCGAUUCUUAGGAUGGUUGGGAAUCAUCACCAGUUUGAUUUUUGUAAUUGUAUCAAGCUGGUGGGAUAUCAACACGCAAACAUGGAGAACCUCCGGCAAAUACUUGGUACGACAAGAGGAAUUUUGGUUUAUGAUUGCCAUCAUACCUCUAAUUAUAGGCCAAUGGAUCACUGUUCGUCAUGUACCUGUCACAGUAAAUGCGCCCUCUGGGAAAGCUUCGGUAAUCAGAGUUCCUGGUGGCUUGACAUCUGGGCUUCACACUCGAGUUUCUCGUGGUGGGUUGAGAGAAUGGCACAUCUUUGGUUCAAUCAGUGAAGGAAAGCAUGCAGAUUGCCACUACAUUGUUAUGGCAGUUCAAGGUGGUUUUACUCGAGCGAUGAAUAAAGAUCAACCAGCAAAGUUGUACACCAAAACAUGGAAGCCAUGUGGGCUACCUUAUUUUUCUAGGCUUUUCAACAGAGGGGUGGCGAUUUGUACAGGAUCAGGUAUCGGAGCCGUUGGAUCAACAUGCAUCCAGCACGACGAUUGGUUCCUGAUCUGGAUUGGAGCCGAUUUAGAGAAAACUUAUGGAACAGAGUUCAUCAAUUUUAUCAAGAGCAAGAUUCAACCCGAGCGACUCUUAAUUUGGGAUACCAAAGGCCCUCUCGGUAGGCCUGAUGUGAAUGUCGAAUUGGAAAAAGUCUACAAACAAUGGAACGCUCAAGUCGCACUGUUCAUUGGAAGUCCGGCUUUGAAUAAGAGUGUGUUGAGGACAUCAAGAGCUCGUGGAAUUCCUGUUUUUGGUUCCAUUUGGGAUGCUUGA